AUGAAUGGGCUAUUCAAUGGCACAUCAGUCAAGAAGUUAUUGGGAUGGCGUAUUGGUGAAGAAGAAGAGAAGUUUGCUGAAAAGGCGGUAGAAACGUUGGUGAAAAAGCUCAAAAAGAAAAACGGAGGAGUUGGAACAUUGGAGGACUUGGAAUACGCUUUGGCUCAUCCAGGAUCUCAUUCGAAAUGCGUAGCCCUACCAAAAAGUCAAGACGGAAGGUUGCAGGUUUCACAUCGGAAAGGUUUACCCCAUGUGAUUUACUGCCGCGUAUGGCGUUGGCCAGAUUUACAGUCCCAUCAGGAGCUGAGACCAAUCCCCGAAUGCCUCUAUCCACAUGAUCACAACAACAAAACUCCAUACGUCUGUAUCAAUCCGUACCACUACCAACGUCUUGAUCCGACUCGGGGCGCCCGCUUCAGUUAUUCGCCACCAAUUUCGUCCCCUGCUGUGUCAACAGCCGGCUCUUCACCGUCAUGCUCAGGACGGCUGGACAUAACGUCACCGUCGAACGUCCCCUCCUCAUCCAGUUCACCCGAAUACGACAUGGCUUUCAGCCCAUCGUCAAUGUUAUCGGAAGAGGAUGGAGCGAGAAUGGAGCAGGUCAGUCCAUACACCACACCUCCUACACAGUACUGGGCAACCAUAUCGUAUUAUGAAUUAAACAGCAGAGUUGGUGAAUAUUUCAAGGUAUAUAAAAACGAGUUAAUAGUGGAUGGUUUUACGGACCCGAAUUCCGAUGAACGCAUUUGUCUGGGCCUUUUGUCGAAUGUCAAUCGAAACCCAACGAUCGAAAACACCCGAAGGCACAUAGGAAAAGGAAUUAGCCUGAUGUAUUCGAGCGACUAUGAUCUCUACAUACGGAAUCUCUCCGAAUCCUCGAUCUUCGUACAGUCGCGGAAUCUUAACUACAACAUGCAUCAGGAUCAGUCCACUGUCUGCCGUGUUCCUGCUCAUAGUGCCGCUGUCUGUGUGUUCAGCAACAUCGUAUUCUUACAGAUGCUACAUAACGCAAAAAUGAGAGGAGCCGAGGAGCUGCACGCCCUGCAGAAAGUCUGCUUCAUACGAUUGUCCUUUGUCAAAGGAUGGGGACCGGACUAUCCUCGGCAGGAUGUGACGUCGACACCAUGCUGGUUGGAAAUACAACUGCUCUAUCCACUAUGGCACAUCGACAAGACAUUGCCGGAAGUGUCCUUCAUAUCUGGAGUGGAUCCAACGUCGAUUUCAUGA